AAUUCAUCCGGUCGUUGAGAAAUGCAAUGAAGACAUGGCAGAGCUGAAAUUAGAAAUACAACAAAUCCGUGAGCAGAUGAAAGAGAUGAUAUCAAAAUCACGCGGAAUUGAAGCUAAUAGCGCCGAAACAUGGUACAAAGCGCGGAACAACUACCGCUAUAAACUAUUCCUCGAGAAUGUCUCGUACGACGUUGCGCAGGGAAAUUGCAUGAGAAACGGAGGUAGACUAGCGUCGGCAGGAAUUCGAGAUGAAAAUGUCCGCAGAGAAAUCUUACCCUUGGUCAAAAUUGGAGGAUUCAACACUUGGAUUGGUUUGAACGACAUUCAAGAGGAAAACACGUUUAUCUGGGAAGAUGGCGUUACGGCAACUGCAGGUUCUAUUCUCUGGGGUGAUCAUCAACCUAACAGCCAUGGCGGUAAUCAGGAUUGCGUUGAAAUGAGGGGCAGCCUUGAUUGGGAGCUAAACGAUGAAGGUUGUCACAUCAAACUAAAAUAUUUAUGCGAAAUUGAACCAUAA